CACCUACCCAAGUCGCACCUUGAUGAGCACUCCCCGCCAUCCAUUGCUAUUCCUUACUACAUUGACCCCAGUAGAUUCCUUCAGUUUGCUCCCCUCAUCUGACGGAAACUGGGUCCUGCAUGAGAAGAUUGCAGGUCAGGAUCUCCAGGGUAGAUAGAUACGUGCCUUUGCUCUAGCCAUUCAUUCCUGUGUCGUCGAGCUUGUACUCAGAGGGGAUAGCCCUCUUUUCUUUGUUUUUACCGGCCAUUUCCCUCACGUCUACAAUUCAUUGAAGCCUAUCUUCUUGUUUUGCGCGUUGGCAGUGAGGGGCUACCCCCACUUUGGCAUCACAUUCGAUUGAAGCAUGAAGUCUUUCAUCUCCAUCUCUCUCUUCGCAUCUAUAGCGACGGCAAUAUGGCCACUUCCCUUAUCAUAUGAUCACGGAAAUACUGUACUUUGGAUUGGCAAGGAUGUGCAAGUCAACUGGUCUAGCGCAAAAGUAGGCUUCAUCACAUACCAGAACUCACCAGACUCCUACGGGAAUAAUGAGUCGAAUGGUGGAAGCCCGUCUUCAGACGAUAUGGUGGAUUUUGCGAUAAAACAGACGUAUCAGACGAUUUUUGAGAACGGCUUUGUGCCGUGGAAGUUUCAUCCGAAGGGUUGGGAGGAACCAAGUGAGGAGGAGGCGACGUAUGUCAAGACUAUCCAUCUCAAUCUACUCCAGGCAGAUCCGAAGAAUGUGGCGAAACCGCUCGUCGGCCAGGUCGAUGAGAGCUAUACGCUAGAGUUGACGAACGAGGGCGAGGCAACAAUCCAGGCAAAUUCGACCGUUGGGAUUCUCAGGGGUUUGACGACGUUUACGCAGUUGUUCUUCAAGCAUUCGGAUGGCGGUGCUUAUACAAUGCUCGCACCAGUUGAGAUCAUGGAUGCGCCAAAGUUCAUGCAUCGAGGUGUCAAUCUCGACGUCAGCAGGAAUUGGUUCACUGUUGCCGAUAUCAAGCGGACGAUCGAUGCCGUUGCAUACAACAAGAUGAACCGCUUUCAUCUCCAUGUCACGGAUUCCCAGUCCUGGCCUCUGGAUAUUCCAGCUCUACCCGACCUAGCGAAAAAGGGAGCAUACCGGCCAGAUCUGAUCUACACCGCGAAAGACUUCAAGGACAUUCAGUACCAUGCCGCAAUCCAGGGCGUCGAAAUGAUCACAGAGAUCGAUAUGCCAGGUCAUACAUCUUCCAUCUGGUAUAGCUACCCGGAGCUCAUUUCUGCGUUCAAUGUCCAGCCAGAUUGGGACACUUAUGCGGCGGAACCCCCGUCUGGAACGCUGAAACUGAAUUCCUCGGCUGUGGAUAGUUUUUUGGAAAAGCUUUUUGAUGACUUAUUGCCAAGGGUUUAUCCGUUUUCUUCGUAUUUCCACACAGGAGGAGAUGAGGUUAAUAAAAAUGCAUAUAAGUUGGAUGAGACGGUGAGAUCGAGUGAUUCAGCGGUUUUGCAACCCCUAAUGCAAAAAUUUGUGGAUCGGAAUCAUAAUCAGCUCCGUUCCUUAGGUCUGACGCCUAUUGUCUGGGAAGAGAUGCUCCUGGAUUGGAAUUUGACAUUAGGAGAAGAUGUCAUUGUCCAGACAUGGCAAUCUGAUCAAGCAGUCGCAGAUGUGGUUGCAAAGGGACAUAAGGCGUUGGUUGGGAACUAUAAUUACUGGUAUCUCGACUGCGGCAAAGGCCAAUGGCUCGACUUCGACCCCUCUGUUUCCGACCAAUACUGGCCCUACAACGACUACUGCGCGCCCUUCCACAACUGGCGUCUCAUCUACUCCUAUGACCCACUCAGCGGCGUUCCUCCGUCUCUCCACCACCUGGUUCUAGGCGGUGAAGCGCACAUGUGGGCAGAGCAAACCGAUCCUGUUAAUCUUGAUAGGAUGAUUUGGCCGAGAGCAAGUGCGGCAGCGGAGGUGUUAUGGAGUGGAGCUAAGGAUGCGGAAGGCAGGAAUAGGAGUCAGACUGAGGCAAGUCCUAGGUUAAGUGAGAUGAGGGAAAGGUUGGUUGCGAAGGGCAUUCGUGCGGAGCCGAUCCAGAUGGUGUAUUGUACUAUGAAUGGGACGCAGUGUCAGUUAGGGUUGACUUAGGAGGAAAGGGAUUUUGGGGAUCUGGGAGGUCGCGGUAUGGUGGAGGGCUAUAAUCUAAUGUCUUAGAAGCAGGAUUUGG